CUCUGCUGAAUUGAGUUCACAUGAUCAGCUGAUAGGUCUCAUUGCACUUACAAUCAGCUCCAGGAGCAGCAGCAGCAGCCUUCAGCACCACCCGACUGUCCCCUGUCCUCUCUCGCCCCUCUAUUUCUCUCCUCCUUCACACUCUCUGUGAUUCUCUCUCCUUCGCUCCUUUCAUAUUUCACUUUCUAUCAAGCUCUUUCUUUGGGACUUUGGACUGUUUUGUGCUUCAGACUUUUGAGGACACAUUGGACUCAUGGCUCCAGAAAAGGAGAGCAAUGGGAUGGAUAACUAUGCUUUUGCUGUUGACGGUGUGGUAAAUCGUUUCUGUGGGUUGCCUGAUGAGCAGGAUGCAGAUACGUCAGAAGAAGACGGCAGGAACAAAUUAGCUUAUUGUGUUACUGAUGUACCACCGUGGUACUUAUGCAUCAUCCUGGGGAUUCAGCACUGCCUGACUGCAUUUGGUGGAAUCAUUGCCAUCCCGCUCAUCCUGUCUCAGGGUCUGUGUUUGCAGCAUGAUGGACUCACUCAGAGUCACCUGAUCAGCACAAUCUUCUUUGUUUCAGGGAUGUGCACCUUACUGCAGGUCACUCUGGGCGUCAGGUUGCCUAUUCUUCAAGGUGGAACAUUUACUCUUCUUGCACCUUCAAUGGCCUUACUGUCCAUGCCAGAGUGGGCCUGUCCUGCAUGGACCCAGAAUGCCACUCUGGUCAAUACAUCAUCCCCUGAGUUCAUCCAUGUCUGGCAGAGUCGCAUGCAAGUGCUCCAGGGUUCCAUCAUGGUGGGCUCCCUGUUCCAAGUGCUGGUGGGAUUCUCUGGUCUCAUUGGCCUCUUCAUGCGGUUCAUCGGUCCUCUGACCAUCGCACCAACCAUCUCCCUUAUUGGCCUGUCCCUGUUUGACUCUGCUGGAGCAAAUGCAGGGAACCACUGGGGCAUCUCAGCCAUGACCACAUGCUUGAUCGUUCUCUUCUCACAGUAUCUCCGCCACAUUGCUAUUCCUAUGCCUACAUACAGCAAGGCCAAGAAAUUUCAUACCUCUAGGAUGUAUAUCUUCCAGAUUCUUCCUGUGCUCCUGGGAAUCACUGUUUCUUGGCUCAUCUGCUACCUUUUCACCAUCUAUAACGUCCUGCCCUCUGAACCAGACCAAUAUGGCUAUCUAGCUCGAACGGACAUCAAAGGGGAUGUGAUAGGAAGUGCACCCUGGUUUAGGUUUCCAUAUCCAGGGCAGUGGGGCUUACCAACUGUGAGCUUGGCAGGUGUGUUAGGAAUCCUAGCGGGGAUCAUAUCCUCAAUGAUUGAGUCAGUGGGUGACUACCAUGCCUGUGCCAGGUUAUCUGGUGCCCCACCUCCACCCAAACAUGCCAUCAGCAGGGGUAUUGGGAUUGAAGGCCUGGGCUGUCUGCUAGCAGGGGCUUGGGGUACAGGCAAUGGGACCACCUCUUACAGCGAGAACGUAGGGGCACUAGGCAUAACUAAGGUUGGCAGUCGCAUGGUGAUUGUUGCUGGUGGUUUCAUCAUGAUCAUUAUUGGAGUGUUUGGGAAAAUUGGAGCCAUAUUUACUACUAUUCCAACACCUGUCAUCGGAGGGAUGUUUUUAGUCAUGUUUGGGGUCAUAUCUGCAGCUGGAAUUUCAAAUCUACAGUAUGCAGAUAUGAACUCGUCUCGUAACAUCUUCAUCUUUGGAUUCUCAAUGUUAACUGGGCUUGCCAUCCCAAACUGGAUAAUGAAAAACCCGUCUGCCAUAGCAACAGGUAUUGUUGAGUUGGAUCAAGUGCUUCAGGUUCUUCUGACAACCAGCAUGUUUGUGGGAGGGUUCUUUGGAUUUAUUCUUGACAACACCAUCCCUGGGACAAAACGUGAGCGAGGUAUAGUUGCAUGGAACAAGGCCCAUGAAGAUGAUUCUGAGAACACCCUCGAGAGCGAUGAGGUCUAUGGGCUUCCCUGUGGAAUCAGCUCCCGUCUCUCCUCCUGUUCCUGGGUUAGAUAUGUGCCUUUCUGCCCUUCAUAUAAAGCCAGACCAGAAAAUAUCAGCCCCAGCAGUUCAAUCUCACUGGACAAGAAGGAGCCUAGCAAAAACGACACACAUAUCAUAGUGGCAGUGGCACUAUAAUCACGUACGAGGACAUCUUCUGCUGUGGUCAAUGCAGUUUGGGCAGGUACUCUCCACCCAAUAUCUGAUGCAAACUACCUGUCUGGAAGCAAAAGCUAUGAAGGCUGGGGUCACAGUAAAAAAAAAACAAUGACAAAUUCUCUGACCUCACUAAAGACCUGAGGCAGCUCUCUUGGG